AUGACUUCUGCUCCGAAGUCUUCUACUCAUUCCAGGAGAACGGUACGGAGGAUUAAGAAGGGGCAAGCCGCUCUUCCGGUGGCUUCCGACGGCAAUGGCGACGGGCGUUCCCCUGCCUCCGGUCUGCUUGUUCACUCCAAUACUUCCCUGGACUUAUUAGGGGCGGCUGCAUUACUGCCGUGGGGUUUCUAUCAAAUCGAUGCCUUAGACCUUGCGCCUCGUCUUCUUGGUAAGCUCCUACGGAGGGACGAAGUCGUGCUUCAGAUUACUGAGGUGGAGGCUUAUCGACCUAAUGAUUCCGCAUGUCAUGGUAGAUUUGGGAUUACUGUACGGACGGCUCCAGUGUUUGGCCCAGGAGGACAUGCCUAUGUUUAUCUUUGCUAUGGUAUUCACAUGAUGCUAAACAUUGUGGCUGACAAGGAAGGAGUGGGUGCUGCAGUAUUGAUACGCUCUUGUGCUCCUGUUAGUGGCCUGGAGACCAUUCAGCAGCGCAGAGGUCAGAAAACUGAUAAGCCUGCCUUAUUGACCGGGCCAGGAAAGGUUGGGCAGGCACUGGGACUCUCCACUUCCUGGUCUAAUCACCCUCUCUAUAUCCCAGGUGGUUUGGAACUGCUGGAUGGACCUGAACAGGAGAAUAUUUUGGUUGGUCCCAGAGUUGGUAUCGAUUAUGCAUUGCCUGAGCAUGUUAAUGCACCGUGGAGGUUUGCUGUUGCUGGGAGCCGUUGGAUCAGUGCCCCUAAGAGCACCCUCAAGCCUUCCUAAUGAAUGGUUAGUUUUCUUUCAUUUUGUUCUUAUUUCCACGUGCCAUCGUUAUAAUUUUCUUGUUUACAUGCUUGCUUAACGCAUUGUUGUAAUGUAAUUAUGAUAUCGAUGGCAUAUUUAUGAGACACCUUUGAUGGUAAUUUGAUGAAAACGAUGUUGUACACCCUUUUCCUGGAUAUUUCUUGAAUUAUAAUACAAAUUUUGUUAUUUUGUAAGAUCA